AAGCCAGAGCUGGCUACAGGGCACACUCCGAUCACUGACCGCUGACCGCCGACUGUGACAGACACUGACCACGCAACUCUCAGCUUCCCGACAGAGGUGUUAAUCUUGAGGGUCGGACACCCUUUCUGACCACUGUGGUUUCAUCCUCUCAGGAUGAUCCCCAAGGAGCAGAAGGAGCCAGUGAUGGCUGUCAUGGGGGACUUUGUUGGACCAGUCCCUUCCCUGGACCUGGGGAAGAAGCUGAGUGUGCCCCAGGACCUGAUGAUAGAGGAGCUGUCGCUUCGCAACAAUCCAGGAUCCCUCCUCUUCCAGAAGAGGCAGCGCAGAGUGCAAAGGUUCACCUUUGAGCUUGAGGAGAGUCAGCGGGCGAUCCUGGCCGGAAGCGCCAAGAGGAGGGUAACUGGAACCGCGGAGGCGGGAAUGGUUGCCAGUGGCCCCGAGGGGCCGAACUACCGCUCGGAGCUCCACGUCUUCCCGGCUUCGCCCGGAGGUCCGGAGGACGCCCACCCAGCAGCCGCAACGGCCCACAGCCCCAGCGCUCUGGCGCCAGGCUACGCGGAGCCACUGAAAGGCGUGCCGCCUGAGAAGUUCAACCACACCGCCAUCCCCAAGGGCUACCGCUGCCCGUGGCAGGAGUUCAUCAGCUACCGGGACUACCAGAUCGAUGGCCGAAGUUACACCCCUAGCCUUCGAGACUAUCGGAAUUUCAACAAGACCCCAGUGCCAUUUGGAGGACCCCUCAUGGGGGAGACCAUUCCCAGGGCAGGCACCCCUUUUGUCUCGGAGUCCUUCAGUGGCUUGGAACUCCUCCGCCUCAGGCCCAGCUUCAACAGGGUGGCUCAGGGCUGGGUCCGCAACCUCCCAGAAUCUGAGGAGCUGUAGCCCCAGUCGGAAGCUUCAAUUCCUCAGUCUCCGAGCUCAGGUAGCAUCUGGAGCCAAGACACAUGGACAGCACUUCACAGUUUAUGAAGAGUCUUCACACACAAAGUAUUAUUGCAAAUGACCUCAAAGGUCACAAAGUUCAGUAGUCCCCAAAUGCAGAUGUUCUUCAAAAUCAUCUGGGGACGUUGGUCCUAACACAGACUUCUGGCCUGCCCCAGACCUGUAGCAUCAGAAUCUCAUGUGUGGAGAAUUUCUAUUAGUAACCAAUACUCUGGGUGAUUCCAGUGUGACUGGGCCACAGUUAGUGUCUUUAGGAAUCCACACCCACGCCCCUGUUCUUCCUGCUCCAGUAGCUUGCACUCCCCUGAUAGUGCGCUCUCAUCUACCUGAGGAUAUCUCUGAUAAUUAGAGAGUUUUUCCUUUUUCUGAGACGCAGUUGCUUGUUGUCUGUGCAUGCUGUUUGCUAAGUACCUACUAUGUGCCAGACACUGUGCCAGGCUCAGGACUCCAGGAGGAAAAGAUGGUGGGGAAGGACGAUUUGUGAAGGAGUAAAUCACCUCAGUUUUUCCUACAGCAUGCUAAUUGACAACUGAGGAACCGAGUGUCAUGGAGCAGAGGAAGGGUUCCUAAACCUGGAUGUGGGGUGGAAUUCUAGAAGCUUCCCAGAAGAUUUGAGUGGGAUCUUGGAGGAGGAAGGCGAGUUCAUCAAGGAAAGAGGUGCGAUGGGAGGGCAUUCCUGAUAAGUGGAUCAGCAUGUGCAGAGUUGGGUGUGGAAUUGAGCGUAGAUGCAGUUUGUUUCGGGGAAGAAAGAGGUUAUAUUGGGGUCAGUGAGAUCUAGAGGUUAUAUUGGGGUCAGUGAGAUCUAGAAAUGGGGAGGUUUUAGCAAUGAUCUUGCUGGUUGCCGUGGGGAACACAGGUUGGAGAGGAGCAAUGCUGAGAGCCAGGAAGUCUUCAAGGGGUGAGGUCUGGACUAGAGGUGUGAUCAUGGGGAUCCAAAGAAGGGUUGCCCUGUUGGGCCCUUUACAGGGGAGGUGCAAAGUGGAGCUCUUAUAAGGAUGGCCUUCCACCCUCCAUUCUAAGCAGGCCUCUGAGUUCUAGUGAGGAGGAUGGUGGUGGUGGUGGUUUUUUGUGUGCCUAGUGCUUGGGUUGGAUUCUCUACAUACCUGAUUCCUAAUUCUCAAUACAACCUGAGAGAAAGGUACUUUUGUUCCCAAUUUACAGAUGUGAAUGUUCAAGCUCAAAAGAGGGAAAUGACUUAUCUGGGGGCAGAGUCAAAAUGAGAACCUGUCUGGCUCUUUACCAUAUUGGGUGAUGAAGCCAGUGCCCACUCACUCUGGAAUCAUUGAUCGUGGUGCCUUGCCAUGGAGCUCACAGGUUGAGUGGAGGCUGGGGCAACCGAUGGGAUGGGAUGGGGUCUAAUUCUGCCAUUGCAAGUCUUGUGAACUUGGGCAUGUCAUUUCACAUCUGAGACUGUUUCUCCAUCUGUAAGAUGAGGGUGAGUAUAGAAAUUCCUUUAUGGGGUGCAGGACAGUCAUGAGAGCUCAGUCAUUGUUAGAUUGCAGCCACGGUUCUUGGCUGGAAUCUAGGAUCUUGCAAUGGGUGCAGCUUGAGAAGUCAGCUGUUGGGAUGGCACUGGGGUCAGUAAAGCUGCUACCUGAAGGAAAGCCUCCCUUUGCACAGGGGUUCCUCCUCCCUGACUCUAGGUCAUGCGGAGAGUGGUUGCAUUUCCCUUUUGGUCUGCAGUUUUGGUCCCCUUCUGGAUCCCAAAGGGUCAGCAGACUCUUUAAGAAUGUUUGCACUGGAUGUGUUCUCUAGGAUUUGAGGGCCAUUGUUUAAAGUCAGGCUUCCAUGAGCUUAAGACCAACCAUCAAAUUGUCUGGCAAGUAGGAAGAGGGGACAUGGAUUGCCUUGGCUUGGUUCUGCAGUGCUCUGCAGGGUCACUACUGAUGUCAGGCCCAGAAGAGAGACUGCGGGAAAUUCCUGCUGCCAAAAGUGUAUCCUCAUUCCCUUCCUUUGAUCAUGUGACUUGCUGAUGUUAAAUAAAGAAUGCUUACUGUAAAAAAUAAAAUAAAUAAAAGUAAAAUGUGAAAGUGUCUACCCAACACAGCUCCUCUUACACAGCUCCUCUUACCAUUCCUCUUCUCACCUUCCUGCAACCUGCUAUUCUGCAUACUAGAGAAAAACCCCUGGUAAGUCUGGUCCUUUUAGAAUUGUAAAAUUCUGUGAGUAAAUGUGUACACAUGUAUAGGUAUAUGGCUAUACCUUUGUUUCAAUGGACUUGUACUACAUGUGUCAUUCUUCAUUCAGCAAGUAAAAUUUAGAUCCUGAAAA